AUGGCGCGGGUUCGAAGGCGCGGGAGCGUUCGCGGCGGAGGCGGCGCUGAGGCGCUCUGGUGAAGACAUGGCAGCUGCUACCCCGCAGAAAAGGAGCCGUAGUUCUGAUACCGAUGGUUCAUCCUUAGCCUUUGAGACUCCUAUGAAAAAAAUGAUAGGCUUUGCUGAAGGUCUGUCUCCACACAAGAAAUCGAGAAAUAAUUGGUUUGCUUCUCAAAUAAAAUGGUCAUCGAGCUCCAGUGAUGAGAUGAAAGAAAAUGAGGCUGCCAGGGCGAAGCCGGUGCUGUCGAGGAGGCUGGAUAUUUCGCCCCUUUGGGCAGCCAGUGUUCCCACAGCUGCACAGAGGGAGUCCCCAAGGAAAUUAUCCCCAAAGGCCGCGUCCUCAUACAAGCCCCUUGUGCCUGUGGUGUCUUUUUACAGCAAGGAAAAGCAUUACCUUACUCCUCUUGAGAGGAAAGAACUGAAUGAGAAACGCUCUUUGGGCGAGAGGAAUAGGGAUGAAAAUCUCCCAGCUGCCAGCAGGACCGAGAAGAUGAACGUGACCUUGAGCAGGAACACGAGCUCAAAGCCAACCAAGCAGGCAGCCAACCCCAAGCAUAGCAGAACUGUCCCCAAAACGCUUAAGAAGGCAAAGGGAGAGAUCCCAGCGGGAAAACCCAAUGUGGAGAAAGAGAAUGUGAAUUGCCUAAUUAAAAAGAAGAUGGAUUCACCCUUCAGAGUCCUAAGCAUGACAGUUAAGCCAGCCCUGAAACUCCAGUUGGGAGCAGCGUUCUUUUCUGCCAGGAAGAAAUCACACUCUAAAAAACCAGUUGUAGACACUAAAUCUCUCCAGGGUCUCCCCAAAUCUCUGCAAGAAAACGAUCAGCCUGAACCACCGACAACGACCAAGUCUAAUUCAGCAGAUGGAAACAAAAUUCUUGAGGCGGCUGGUGUGCUGAGAAGUAUUCCCGUGCCUCAGAAGAAGGAAAAUGAAAACAGGAAGGACUUUACGAACUGUGCAAAUCGACAGAGAGAUUUGGCAGCUCUGCAGAAAAGCAGAAGCAGCUCCAGUCUGCUUUGUACUUCCAGGUCUGCAGCCGCAGGAGACGGCGAUGCGGAGAACGUGGAUGUUGAUGAAAUCGGUUCUCCUACAACCUGUGAGUCCGAUGACUGCAUUAUUCCUUCAAGCCAAUCUCCGUGUAAGGGGAAUGAGCAAGCAUCUCCUUCCAAUGCUGUUGUCUACCCCAUAUUCAGUGCACCCCCUAUCAGCAAAAAAAGGACGCAGGCUCCGCUGGAUGAACUGACCGCUCCGUUUGGGUCCAGCCCACCCGCAAAAACAUCUCGCACCUCCCAGAAAAGCAAGAAGGCAAAAGAGCUCUGCAAGGGCUCCAGAGAUCAGAUGAUCAUUGAUGCCGGUCAGAAGCAUUUUGGUGCCAUAGUUUGCAAAUCGUGCGGCAUGAUCUACACGGCCGCUAGCCCGGAGGAUGAAGCCCAGCACAUCCAGCACCACGAGCGAUUCCUCGAGGGACUCAGAUACGUGGGUUGGAAGAAAGAACGGGUUGUGGCAGAGUUCUGGGAUGGGAAAAUCGUAUUGAUCCUUCCAAAUGACCCGAAAUAUGCCGUCAAGAAGGCAGAAGAUGUGCGAGAAAUUGUAGAUAACGAACUGGGCUUUAAGCAAGUUUCUUUGAGCUGCCCAGACAAGACUAAAAUCUACUUGUUUGUGUCCAACGAGAAGAUGGUGGUUGGGUGCUUGGUGGCUGAAUCGAUCAAGCAGGCUUUCCGGGUGCUGUCGGAACCAGGAGCCGCGCCGUCCCCCAGCCAGGACCCCCUGCAGCAGCACCGGGCUUGGCGCUGCUCCACCGAGCCAGAGGCCGCCGUCUGCGGCGUCAGCAGGAUCUGGGUGUUCGGCCUGAGGCGGAGGAAAGGCAUCGCCCGCCGCAUGGUGGACGUGGUCAGGAGCACCUUCAUGUACGGCAGCUACCUGAGCACCGACGAAAUCGCCUUCUCCGACCCCACGCCGGACGGCAAGCUGUUCGCAACCAAGUACUGCCAAACCCCCAACUUCCUGGUUUACAAUUUUAUUUAUGCCAACUGAUUCGACUCGAGUAGUGCGAGUUGAGGUUUGUUUAAACCCUCUGCGAUAAUCGGGGUGUUUAAUUGAACACUUAAGCGUUGUUACCCGGCUAAACGCUGCUUUCCUGCUCAUGCUGAUUGCUGGCUCUUCCCUCGUGAGCGAGCUGGGGGCGAAUGUCACUUUGUGUACAGAGCUGUGUUAUAUUUUAGUGUCACGCUGUGGAACCUUGCUUGGAUUUCAGGUAGGUUUGUUUCUUCUGAGACUAAAUUUUAUUGAGAGUAACUUAAUUUCU